AUGCUCUCUCCGCCUUGUUCCACCGAGGCCCGGCCUCAUCCCACCCUGUCGACUCCUUCUCCAUACUACUUCCCUCCUCCCUUCUCCUCCCUUCUCGCCCCCGCCCCCGCCCCCGCGCCGCCCCCCCCCCCAACAAACCCUAACCCCUCUCGCCCCUUCCUCUCCUCCUCUCACGGACCCGCUGCUCCCGCUUCGGCCGCCGCGGCGUCCGGGGCGAGCGCGCCGGCGGGGCCCGGGCAGCAGCGGAGCUCGCGGAAGCGCACGCGCGCGUCGCGGCGCGCGCCCACGACGGUGCUGACCACCGACACCACCAACUUCCGCGCCAUGGUGCAGGAGUUCACCGGCAUCCCCUCCCCGCCCUUCGCCGCGGCGGCGGCGGCAGCGACCACCCUCCAGUACCGCUCCUCCGCGCGCUUCGGCGGCCACCUCUUCAGCGGCGGCGGCGCAUCCUCCUCCUCCGCGGCCGCCGCCGCCGACCCCGCCGCGCAGCCGCAGCAGCCCCCGUACCUCCUCCGCCCCUUCGCCCAAAAGCUCCAACCUUUCCUCCCCUUGCCCUCUCCCUCUUGUCCCACUUCCGCUAAUACCGCGGCCACCACCACCGCCACCGCCUCUACUUCGACUGCUAUUAAUACCAGCCCCAUAACAGCUACUUUAACUACUUGUAGUAGUAGUAGCGGUAGUAGUAAUUUAACUACUCCAACGAAUACUAACUACCAACUACCUUCUCCUCAGCACUCUCUUCUCAAUACCCAGCACCCCAUUCUCAGCUUCCAAUCUCUCCUCCAAUCCCAGCCUCCUUCCAACUACGCCAUGCCCAACAUGCUCACCUUCUCCACGAGGCCGCCUCAUUUCACGGUCUCGUCGACCCAGUACGGCUCGGGCGACGUGGGGCUUCCUCCGGGGCUAAUUGGGUCCGAGGACUUAUCCGGUUGGGCCGGAGGGAACGCCGCAAGCCAAUCGAGACCCGCCGGUCCAAAUUACGCCGCCGGGUCGGCGCCGCAGCAGAGGGGAAGCAGCUGCAAGGUGAACUACUCCUCGGCGGCGGGGUCGUCGGCGCCGGAUCAGUUCAAUGCAGAGAAGGGGUCUGAGAAUGCCGCGGCGGGGUCGGCGGCGGCGGCGGCGGCGGCGACGACGACGACGACGACGACGACGAUAGGCGAAGGUACGGUGGAUUCUUGGAUUUGUUCGUCUCGUCGUGAUCAUUAGGAGAUUAGUUAGAUUAGCGGCUGUAGAGGAGGAAGAAGAUCAUGGAAGAGAAGGAUACACGACGUCGUUGACUAGCAGUUAGUGUUAUACUUUCAUACUCUUCUGCUCUUCUUUCUAUUUGGACGUACAUAUAUAUAUAUGGUUUCUUCUCUUCGUGACUCUUCUUACUACUAUACAAUCUAAGACAAAUUUCGAUAACAGUCCUCGUGUCUUUGUCUUCGUAUUCAGUGCGUCCCAUUGCUUUGUUUUCAUGUGCCAAUAUUUUGUAUUGCGUUCGGACCAGUGUGCAAAAAAAUUUUGUCCGCUGAUCAGAUCAGAUCAGGUCAA